AUGUCCGAGGAGAAGCCUAAGGAGGGAGUGAAGACGGAGAAUGACCACAUCAACCUGAAGGUGGCUGGGCAGGAUGGCUCUGUUGUCCAGUUCAAAAUCAAGAGGCACACGCCACUGAGCAAGCUGAUGAAGGCUUACUGCGAGCGACAGGGCUUAUCUAUGAGACAGAUGAGAUACAGGUUUCACGGGCAGCCAAUUAAUGAAACAGACACCCCAGAACAGCUGGAGAUGGAAGAUAAAGACACGAUUGAUGUGUUCCAGCAACAGACAGGUAGCAUGCAUGCGGCUGGAGUCCUCUUGGGAUGUGACAUGUAG